AUGCUUCAAGACACCAAUUUCAUCCAGUUGUCGGAAGAGGACACCACCCACAUCUCUUCAGCGCCACAACAAGAAGAAGUCUCUCUUGAAGAAGAAUUCUUGUCUUCUUCUUCUUUCAAAGUGAUUGUCCGCUUGGAAUUCUCAUCUUCUCUUCCUUCCGAAAAAGUAAUUCUCAAAUUGAAACCAAACACUUCCUAUCAAACAUUGGUCCAAGAAUUAUUCAAUGUUUUUCAUCAAAUUCCAUCCUCUUCCUAUUUCCAAAUCAAAUAUUUCGAUGAAGAUGCUGAGAGUGAAGUGUGCAUUCGAAAUGAUGAACAAGUUUCAUGUUUUCUCGAACAAUACAAAGAUCCGAAUGUACUGAAAGAACACAAACAACUUGUGUUUUGUAUUUUCCAUCAAGCUGCAACCACUACCACUACUACGACAUUGAGACCGAACGUUGUACGAGCAACUCCUGCAUUCAUUACUAUUCCUCAUGAUCCAACGCAAUCUCAGACCACUUCUGUGAUGAUUACUUCCCAAAAUCUCGAAAUGGUAAAAACAGAAUUCUUUCGAAAAGGUUGUGUCUCGUUGAAUCAAAUGACUACACCACAGGAACAUAGACAACAACAAGAGGGACGUUCAAGAGCUGGAGCUACAUAUGACAUGGUAGAGUUAUUGUGUGUCUUUUCGAGAGGAGACAGCUCCACAUCUACUUCGAAUGCACGACAACAAAAAAGACGAGGAAAAUUAUUGAAAUUUCAAAAUUCAGCAACGGCCAAUCAAUUGCUAAAAGAUGUUGAGACUUUGAGAAAUCAAUUAAGUCAAUAUCAUCCACAACAGAAUGCAAGUCCAAUUGUCAGAAUCAGGAAUGCUGUUCCAGUGGGUGGCGAAGAUUCGAGAUUGGUGGUCAUUGAAAUGGAAUAUUUGAAACAUAAUUUAUGGAACAAAGUUAUUCAAAAACGAAUUAUUUGGCCAGAGAAAAUGAUAUUUGAUAUUGUAAAGCAAACAUGUCAAGCUUUGGAAUUUUUGGAUCAACAAUGCAUUCAACGAGAAAUUAAUACAUACAAUAUUUAUUUACGUAGUUUUGAUAUUCAGAAUGAAACAGUUGAAAUUGCCAUCGUUCCCAAGAUCAAUUCAACCAUUUGCCCAGAUUGUUUGGAAGAGUAUCAUUCUAUUAGAGAGAAACAAAGUUAUCAAGCUCCAGAAAUGCUUAUCCCUUUAGAACAAUCCGAAAAUCGUAUAGAAAGUUGCACUUUUGCGUUGGGGGUUGUUUUAUAUCAAAUCUUGACAUUUGACACGGAAACAUCAUGGCCAACUCUUGUUCAAGAGCUGAAUUCAGCUUCCACGAUUCAAGAAUACAUCAAAUCGAGAACAAAAAUUCCAUAUUCUGAUUCAUUGCUGAACUUGGUUUCUGGAAUGAUAGCUCACGAAAGACCGUCCAUUCCACAACUGUUAGAACUCGUUUCAAACAUUACUUCAACACAAAAUGCAGAUGUAUAUUUUGAAAUUGCCAAUCAAUGCAUGUCUGUCAAAGAUUAUUCCAAUGCCAAACGAUAUUUCAACAAGUCAGCUCAACAUGGAAACGUGGGUGCUCUCUUGAAACUUGGAAUGAUGUACGAAAAAGGCACAGGUGUUGCUCAAAACUUCAAAACAGCAAUGGAAUUAUUCAAGCAAGCAGCAGAUCAAGGAAAUGCAAAAGCUCAAUUUAAAGUAGGUACAUGCUACGAAAAUGGUCAUGGAUCAGAGCAUGGCAUUGAUUAUAGAAUGGCAAAAAAAUAUUAUUUGAAAGCAGCACAACAAAAUUAUGUCAAGGCUCAACUCAAUCUCGGAUUACUGUAUUGGCAGAACAAAUUGAAGAGCAGAACUAGAAAAGACAAAGCUUAUUAUUGGUUUAAAGCAGCGAGAGAACAUCCAUAUGCACAAUAUAACCUUGGAGGCAUGUUCUAUCGAGAUCAAUAUUAUUCAAAAGCAGUGAAAUGUUUUCUCCGGUCUGCAAAACAAGGUUGUAAGGAAGCUCAAAAUAAUUUGGGACUCAUGUAUCUCAACGGAACUGGUGUGAAAAAAGAUUUCACACAAGCAUUCGAAUGGUUAGAAAAGGCAGCCCAUCAAGGUUGUCCAACUGCCCAAUUCAACUUGGGCCUCUUGUAUGAGAAAGGAGAUGGAGUUCAACAAGAUUUAAAACAAGCCAAUGAGUGGUAUCAAAAAGCAGCUCAGCACAACAAUGCUCAACAUCUUCCAUACGGAGAUGAUAUGUUGCAUGGGCUUGCCAAUACCGUCAAGACCUCACUAUUGCGUGGUUUUAAUACCGUACGGAAUUGGUGCUUUUCAUGUUUGGAAGUAAGGGACAUCUAA